AUGGUCGAGGACCACAUCAAGAACAACGUCGUCCGGGUGCCGGCUGCAGGCGGCUCUGGGAAGGGUGCUUACUUCCAACAGGCUGUGGGCAUCCCGCAAGGCUCGGUGCUCUCGGGCCUCCUGUGCAACUACUUCUUCUUUGGCCACAUCGAAAAGCGCCUCCUGGGCGACGUUCUCGACGGCGGCGUCCCGGAGCGGCCCCACCGCCCGCCCGGCGGCGGCGGAGCGCGAGGACUGUCGGCGAGAGCGGUUGGGCUCGAGCGUCGCAGCGACGGUAUUGGUGGCGGUAGUGGUAGUCAAGGCGAAGGCGCUACCUCUUCAUUCGCCCCCCCCGCGGGAGGGAAGCGCGGUAGGCCGGGUGAGCGAGAACGAGAACGAGAACGAGAACGAGGACGAGAACGAGAACGAGAACGAGAACAAGAAGGUGAAAGACCGCCGAAGUUCGCCCGCAUUUCACCCGCUUGUUCCCGCUUGGGCGACGCCGCUGCACCGGACUCCGAUCGAGCGUCACGCGGGGGCGUGCUUGGGGUUCCGAACGGCCGCGGCGGCGGCGGCAGUGACGGCAACCGUGGGCCACACGAAACGCCACAACAGCAGUCAUGCCGGAACACCGCUAACCAAAACGGAAGAGGACAUGGCUCGUACGGGCCCGUGGGCGGACCGCAUAGGGGCGAGCGCUGCAGACUCGGUGGUAAUGGUGACGAUGAGCAGCGAGGAAGGGGGCCCGCGGAGAGGGAAGAGAGUGGGGGGGAGAGCCCGUUUCCCGAUCCUGAGGGCGACUGCACGUUGCUGCGCCAGGUGGACGAUUUCCUCCUGAUCUCUACGAGCAAGGCUAAGGCCGAGUCCUUCGUAAGGGUGAUGCACGACGAGGUCAAGACGGGAGACUGGGGCUUUAGUGUGCACCAAGCGAAGACGCUGGUAAACUUCGACAUGGUCUUGGAGAGCAGAAAGGGAGGAGGCGGGCCAGGACAACCGUCCGUUCGGAGACAGGUACGACGGGUCGAAGGCGACAUGUUCCCCUGGUGCGGCGUGCGCUUCGACACCCGAACGUGCGAAGUCAUGGCCAACUACUCCAGGUACUCGAAGGCCGGGGUGGCGGAGUCGUUGACGGUGGACUCGAGGCGCGCCGGCGCGUGCCUGGUGGGCAAGAUGAAGCGGUUCCUGUCGCCCAAGUGCCACGCCCUCAUGCUCGACGAGGGGGAGCACCUCGGGAUCAACUCCAGGAACACCGUGCUGCUCAACGUGUACGAGAUGCUGUUGGUGUGUGCGGCCAAAACGGCCACUUCCGCUCUCCGUUUGCCUCGUGGUCCCGCUGGCAACGCCUCCUUGCUGUCGAACGGUGCUCUCGAGACGACGGCCUACGCCUACAGCCUGAUCCAGAACCGCUCCAACAGGCGCAACGGGAGUUUUGGCACCUCCAGAGGAGUGCGGUGCGUCUGCAAGUCAUGCCGGAACACCGCUAACCAAAACGGAAGAGGACAUGGCUCGUACGGGUCCGUGGGCGGACCGCAUAGGGGCGAGCGCUGCAGACUCGGUGGUAAUGGUGACGAUGAGCAGCGAGGAAGGGGGCCCGUGGAGAGGGAAGAGAGUGGGGGGGAGAGCCCGUUUCCCGAUCCUGAGGGCGACUGCACGUUGCUGCGCCAGGUGGACGAUUUCCUCCUGAUCUCUACGAGCAAGGCUAAGGCCGAGUCCUUCGUAAGGGUGAUGCACGACGAGGUCAAGACGGGAGACUGGGGCUUUAGUGUGCACCAAGCGAAGACGCUGGUAAACUUCGACAUGGUCUUGGAGAGCAGAAAGGGAGGAGGGGGGCCAGGACAACCGCCCGUUCGGAGACAGGUACGACGGGUUGAAGGCGACAUGUUCCCCUGGUGCGGCGUGCGCUUCGACACCCGAACGUGCGAAGUCAUGGCCAACUACUCCAGGUACUCGAAGGCCGGGGUGGCGGAGUCGUUGACGGUGGACUCGAGGCGCGCCGGCGCGUGCCUGGUGGGCAAGAUGAAGCGGUUCCUGUCGCCCAAGUGCCACGCCCUCAUGCUCGACGAGGGGGAGCACCUCGGGAUCAACUCCAGGAACACCGUGCUGCUCAACGUGUACGAGAUGCUGUUGGUGUGUGCGGCCAAAACGGCCACUUCCGCUCUCCGUUUACCUCGUGGUGCCGCUGGCAACGCCUCCUUGCUGUCGAACGGUGCUCUCGAGACGACGGCCUACGCCUACAGCCUGAUCCAGAGCCGCUCCAACAGGCGCAAGGGGAGUUUUGGCACCUCCAGAGGAGUGCGGUGCGUCUGCAAGAUUCAUCGUUUCGAGGUGACCUGGCUUGGCCUCCACGCCUUCAGGGAGGUGUUCGGCGCCUUCGCGAUGAAGGACCGCGGGUUCGCCCGCUGCAAGCUGGACGUAGAGAGAGCCCUCAGGGAAACUGCCGGUUCUCGGGGAGGAGGCUUCGAAGGGUUCAGCAGAAAAGUUCGCCAGGGCAAGGAGGGUGCGGCCGCUGCAGGCUGCGAGGAGGGAGCGACAUCCGACACGCAGCAUGGGGUGCGACGCGGCAGGGCGCACGGCCGGCUUCAACGUGUCGUGCGCUCGCCGGACGCGCUGUCGUUGCUGCAAACGCUCACGUCGUAAGCACGCGCGUAACAAUAGCCGGGCAGAACGAAUGUUUUCCAGGUAUCCCGCG